AUGUCUCUCAUCAAAGUGAUUGCGAUCAUCGGAUUCAUUAUUCUUGGUAUUGUUCUUAUUUUUGGCGGUGGUCCACAUCAUGAAUAUUUAGGAGGAAGAUAUUGGCGUAGUCCAGGUGCAUUUGCAAAUGGAUUUAAAGGUGUAUGUUCUGUUUUUGUUAUAGCCGCUUUUUCCUUUUCAGGUACGGAAUUAGUUGGAUUAGCAGCAGCUGAAACAGAUAAUCCUGGAAAGACUAUUCCAGCAGCAACAAAACAAGUCUUUUGGAGAAUAAGUCUAUUUUACGUUGUAUCAUUAACAAUCAUUGGCUGUUUGGUACCUUAUACUUCCAAACGUCUUUUAAGUGGAUCGUCGUCUUUUGAUGCCACGGCAUCACCGUUCGUCAUUGCCAUUGAAGAUGCCGGCAUUAAAAUAUUACCAUCGAUAUUCAAUGCCGUGAUACUUUGUGCUGUACUUUCAGUCGGCAAUGCUUCUAUUUAUGGAACAUCUCGGACUCUAUGUGCACUUGCAGAAAACGGCCAAGCACCAAAAAUAUUUAGUUAUAUUGAUCGUAAAGGCCGUCCAAUUUCAGCUGUCAUCUUAUCAAUGCUCUUUGGAUUAAUUGCUUAUAUUAAUUGUACAAAAGCUGGUUCAGUAGUAUUUAAGUGGCUAUUAGCUCUGGGUGGUUUGUCGACUUUCUUCACCUGGAGUUCUAUAUGUGCAUGUCACAUAAUGUUCCGAUUAGCAUGGAAAGUACAAGGUCACACUUUGGAUGAACUAGCUUUUAAGGCACCUUUCGGUAUUUGGGGAAGUUGUUUUGGUCUUCUACUCAAUAUAUUGUGUCUCAUUACAGAAUUCUAUUUAGCUGUGUGCCCGUUAAAUUCUUCUUCAAGUGCCGAAGCAUUUUUUCAAGCUUAUCUUGCUGCUCCUAUUAUUCUUACCUUCUAUAUAGUAUGGAAAAUAUGGAAACGAACACCAUUUAUGCGACCUAGUACCAUAGAUCUAGACACUGGAAGACGUUUAUUCGAUAAGCAGAAAAUGAUUAAUGAACAAACAACAAAACCAAGAUAUUAA